AUGGAGGACGACGAGGAGAUCACCUCCGCCACGCUGCGGGGCAAGCCUGGGGUAGCCCGGAAACAGUCACUGCCUGAAAGCUUUCGCAGCAGUGACGGCCUGGACGGCCCAGGGCACGGGAAGCCUCCUAAAAGCUCCCCUGCAAGCCGCAGGAAAGCGCAGGCGGAUCUGAGCAGCCGCUUGCAGGGAGAGCGCGACCGGGACCCUACGUUAGAUUGUGGCCUGGCCCCAUCUGCACACAGCGCCCCGUGGAAGAGCCCGCCGGGCUGCGAAGCUCUGAGUUCCCGCACUGACGAGGAGCAGGCUGGAAUCAUUUCCCUCUAUGACUGUGUUUUUAAGAGGAACCCAGGUUAUAAUCAGAAAUUGCACCGAGAUGACAGAGAACAUGCAAAAAGCCUGGGACUUCACGUAAACGAGGAGGAGCGCGAGAGGCCGGUGGGGGUGCUGACGUCUUCUGUCUACGGGAAGCGCAUCCACCAGCCCGUGGAGCCUCUGAACCGGGACCACCGCCGCGCCAGCCACGUGAAGGCCGACUUCUACAGGAAGAAUGACAUCCCCAGCAUCAAGGCUCCCGGCUUCGGGCACAUUUCUCCAGCCUGACACCCUCCCGUGGCCUGAAGGGCGCGCGGACAUGAGAGGUGGCACCGGGAGGGGCAAGGCGGCGCCUUCCUGGGCCUCCCGGAGCCUGCCCGGCAGCCCCUGAUGCACCACGGCGGCAGCAGGGACUGCGCAGUACCACGUUCCCUCCCGUUUCCUUGGCGACGAACCUGCCCAAAGCCCUGCCAUACUUAGGAUGAACGUCUAGGAUGACGGUUUUCCUGUGAAAAGAUUUCAGAUGAAAUGAUGCUGGAGACUGACCCACUACACUGUGAGCAUCUGAAUAAAAUGAAACCUUUGUUUCCCCUU